AUGGAUGCCAGGCUAAUCAGAAGACCGGUGCUCAACCUGGUGUCAGGGCGAGGUCAAUUCCUACUCACCUCAACGACCCCCUCGCGGCGCCAUGAAUCCUCCUAUCGGCGAUCCAAGCAACGUCUAAAUGUCAAACCGGACUCCUCAUUCCUUUUGUCCAACGAAUCCCCCCAGCAAAACCAUAUAAUCUUUAAUCCGCCUGCCGCGGCCCCGUCGGUUCUCAAUACGCCCCUUAAGUUUCUGCCAAAGGAGGAUAAACGGGCGCAGCGCCUCGCUGCCACACAAGCCAAACUCACUCCAAAGCCCUCCAGACUGCCGCCACCCGUCAAACCCCCACAGAGAGUCCCGCACCACCAUCUGAGCGAUACCGAUAUUGCCGAAAUCCAGAGAUUGAGAAGGGAGGAGCCGGACAAGUGGACUAGUUUGAAGCUAGGGAAGAAGUUCAAUUGUUCCUCGAUGUUCAUUACCAUUUGCCUUAGCCAAGCCGGUGCCGAUCAUGGCUGGAGGGACCAAAAGAAAACAAGGUUGGAAGACAUCAAGGAGCGAUGGGGUCCGAGGCGGAGAAUGGCACAUGAAGAUAAAUUGAAGAGGAUGCAGAUGGCCUUAAGAGACGAGUAG